AUGGAAGUCCAAGAUGAGGAGCUGGCUCGACAAUUGGUGGAACUGGGAUACAGGGGAAGUGGAGAGGUGCUGAAAAGAGAAGAGUUUGAAAUGAGGAAAGCAGCUGCUGAAGCCGCGAGGAUUGCUAAGAAAAGCCAGAAAAAGAUACUGGCAAGUGCAGGAAAAGACCUGAAAGAUAAUUUCCUGAUAGCACUGGCAGAGCGUGAAGAAGCCAACCGCAGCGGGAGAAUGGCUUCUAUAAUUUUCAUCCGAGACUACAAUUCUCAUGGACAAGAGAUUUCUGGGUAUAUUGAUUACUGUCAUAGGCUGAAGAUAGAACAGUUUGAAGGGUAUUUCAGUGGAAAGAAGAAACUAUUACCACGGUCAACAGAUCUAAGCUUCUACAAUUGGGACACACAGAGCUGCACGUGCAAUUCCAGUCCAUUUUACCAGGUAGCCACAGAUAAUGCCUCAGGACUCCUUUUCAAAAACAAAAGAGAUCGAAAAACAGUACACGUGGAUCCAAAGGUCUCUCCCGGGGAUAAUACCACACGAAACAUAAUUGAAACAGAUCUUUAUGUGCAAGUGGUCAUUUAUGAUCACACCACAAGAAGAAAGUCAUGAACAUCUUGGAUCAAUCACAGCGUGAUAUCACAUUACUUGUUCUUGUUAACAUUCAGAACAAUGGCUAAACAGUUGUAACAACUACAGUGAACAAAUAA